AUGGACGACUUGUUCGAUGGCUACAUGGUACUGGAUGGCAUCGGAGACUUUCUUGGGGACAGCGUUCUUGCCAAAGAUCCCAAAGCACCUGACGAUGUUCCGCAAACAAUACACGAUGCGGGAGUAUCGAAGCAACCCAUACGAUCAAAAGAAAACAACGUGAAUGGGUCUGACCAAUCCAGCACCACCGUAUCUAGCGGCAACACACCCGCACCGGCAGGAUUACGACAGCGACGCGGUCACACUAAAAGCCGUCUGGGCUGCAUACCGUGCAAGCGACGCAAGAUUAAGUACCCGUACCUCAUGGAUGCUAUGCUUGCUUUGGCAGGAUCUCAUCUUGCCGUUCAAGUUGAAAAUCCACAGACUGCUCUUGCACUGCAGCAUCGACAAAAAGCAAUCGUCGGCCUAGAGGAUGCCUUCGCUAGUUGGCCUCCAACAGCCGAGGAAUCGCAUAUCAUGUUAGCAACCUCUUACCUCCUGUGCUUUCAGUCGAGCUACAUAGAAGAUGGCUUUCUUGAACACUUUCUGUCUCUACGAGGGUGUUCAUUUCUUUCUCAGCUUAUCAUAGGCCAGGGCUUCCGCAGCCCUUUCUCCACGCAAAAAGGUCUGAGCACGAUAGCCAUGGACACAUCAUUUCGUAACUGUCCAGAUAUGGAUCAGGAACUUCUACAUGAGCCUCUACUGUCUUUGAGAGAAUUUUCCGGUGUACUGACUGGAACUGGUGAGCACUCCAUCGAGAAGGCCAUUGUUGGCAAGCUCGUCGAAACGCUUCGAUUUCUGCUGCAUUCGGAUAUGCAGGACGAAAAUGACGGAAUUCCAACAACGGAUCACACAGAAGCCAGCACUAUGUCGCAAGCAGCUUUCAGAUCUAGCUCACAAUUACAUCUGUUUCCCUUCGCCAACCCAAUUUUACCAGCAGAUCUCAGGAUGGUGUUUGACGAGAUCGACUGGGAAAACAUUACAGAUGCGCCACCAGGCGCUCCGGACUCCGAUCGGUCCUUUGUCUCUAUCUUGGCCAUCCUCACUAUCUUCUCUACCUGGCCACAUGAGGCACUUAUGCACAUCUUCGAUCCUACAAAUCAGAUCGGCAACGUCGUCUUAGCGCAUUUCUGCGCCGUACGGUUUCUUCUGUCGACACUAUCGGCGCCAAAGAAUGCGUUGAAAUCGCCUAUCAGGGCGACUGUCCAAUGGAAUGCCCGGAUCAUAGCAGCUGUAGACGCCGAUGCGAGUGGACAAUGGGUGAAGUAUGUGGAAUGGCCGAGGAAGAUAUUGCAGUGUAUGGAGGCUUGUGUUGAGAAACACAAAGGCUUUACCAUGGAGGACGUGCGCAAUAUGCUCUUACGCGAUCCCGGAGCGUUCAAAGAAGGAAGAGCACGAAGAUACUGA